AUGGCGCGCACACUGCAGAGGGAUCCGUUCACGUGCGGGUUAUUUGCGCUGUCUGAAAUGGCAGCGUGCUCGGGAAAGGAGUGCGCGGAGCUAGGACGGGACUCCUUUGGAGCUGCGCCUGGUUCAUGCGUCACAUGUCCCUUCCCUUCCUCUUUUCUCCUCCCAGGUGCUGUGCUCCCUUUGGCUUGCCACGACUCUCGCCAAGCAUGGUGCCAGAUCGUCAAUAUAUCCACAUCCCGCUCCUUUUUCCUCGCUUCCAUGGACAAGACCUUCAAUGAAACAAGCCGGGGCGUUUCCACACCUGCUGGCAGCAGAUGCCGGCUCUACGUCGGCUUGGCUUUGGCAAUAGGUUCCAGUAUCUUCAUCGGUGCCAGCUUCAUCCUGAAGAAGAAGGGCCUGUUGAGACUGGCCACCAGAGGAGCCACCCGAGCGGGACAGGGUGGAUAUUCUUAUUUGAAGGAAUGGCUUUGGUGGGCUGGAUUACUGUCAAUGGGAUUAGGAGAAGUUGCAAACUUUGCUGCCUAUGCCUUUGCGCCUGCAACCUUAGUUACUCCCUUGGGUGCACUGAGCGUUCUUAUAAGUGCUAUAUUGUCCUCUUACUUUUUAAAUGAGAAGCUGAAUAUUCAUGGAAAGCUGGGCUGUGUACUGAGUAUUCUGGGAUCUACAGUCAUGGUUAUUCAUGCCCCAGAGGAGGAGGAGGUCACCUCAUUAGAUGACAUGAAAAUAAAGCUGCAAGAUCCAGUGUUUAUCGCAUUUGCUGUUGUCAUAACAGCCGUUGCCCUCGUGCUGAUUUUUAUUGUGGCUCCAAGGAAAGGUCAGACAAAUAUAUUGAUCUACAUUUUAAUUUGUUCAGUCAUUGGUGCCUUCUCUGUCUCAUCUGUCAAAGGCCUGGGCAUUGCCAUUAAACAAAUGCUGGAGAGGAAGCCAGUUUAUCGACAUCCUUUGGUUUAUGUUUUGGUGGGCGUCUUAGUGCUCUCGGUCAGCACGCAGAUCAACUAUCUCAACAAAGCGCUGGACAUGUUUAAUACGUCUCUAGUGACACCUAUUUAUUACGUGUGCUUCACCACUACAGUGGUAACAUGCUCCAUCAUCCUGUUCAAGGAGUGGAACAGCAUGGAUCUGGGGGACAUCAUUGGCACCCUAAGUGGUUUCUGCACUAUCAUCAUAGGUAUUUUUCUUUUGCAUGCUUUCAAAAAUGCUGAUAUCACCUGGAAUCAGUUGAUGUCCACGGUUGUAAAAGAACCUUCCUUGCUGUGCCAUGAACAUGAAUCCUGCCAUACCUUGCUGGAGAACGUGGAAAGCCCAGUUAUGGCUCAUGAGGAGGGCAGUGUUUUAUUUGGUCAAGGAAGCUCUCAAGCAACUGUUCAUCAGUGAAGUACCAUGAAUUGCAGACUCAGCCCACCUAUGUCUAUUAGAACACCUUUCCGUCCCACAGUCCUCUGGAAGACCAUCUGUGAAGUGAGUUGAGCGUGGGCCACUCCCCUCUGUGCUUGGAAAAGUAGCCAGCUGUUGGUAGAAGUGAGUGAAAAGGUAAAAUAAUUAACAUGACAGACAGAAAUCUGAUGGGGAUUAUACAGCAGGCAAUAAAUAAGUUUGUCCAGUUUCUAUGUUUAACAUCACCUAUUGGAGGACUUCAUUUAAAAAAAAAAACAAGAAAGAAAAGCUUUCUAAGCUGUAUUUUACAAAGUGCAAUUUUCCCAUCAUAAUAAAAAAUAAUGUCCUUGCUAAAACAACAAGCAGUCUGCUAUUAUCUUAGUAAUGGCUUUGAUAUUCCAAGCAAACUUGUGGAUGUUCUACCUGAAGGGUAUUUAUUCACUGAGCUUUCAUAGGAAGAAAAUGCUGUCUAAUCCUUUUAGCUUUUAAUAUCAAACUGUAUGCAAGAUCUUUAUUGACUUUUGAAUGCCAAUGAACCUUGCAUGGGUGCUGCACAAAAAUGUUAUGAAAUUGGUUAUUGAGAACCACAUCUCCUUCAAACUUUUUUUCGAUGCCAAAGUUCUGACUUUGCUACCCCAGGAAUCCUUCACUCUCCAUAUGUACCCUUUUACUUCAAAACCAUGACCAAGUUACAAUCAAGUGGAAAAAAAAAAAUCAUAGCUGUUUAGAAGCCUGAAAACUCUUGCUGUUCACUUUAAAAAAAAUUACUUAAGAUGAAAGAAUAAUUUAUUCAAAGGCAAUGAACCCAUAUGUGCAAUUAAUAAUUUCCACUCUUUUCACUUCCUUCUUUUGCCUCAGAGUAAUAUGGAAUUCAUUUAUUUCAGAGCUUCCUGCUAAUACUGCCGUCUAUACAUCAGAACCCAGUUAAGCUUUAAAAUUUUUCUAUUCUUCCAGAAAGGGACCAGUGUUUCUUGAUAACAAAACAGUCCUGUUACUUUAUAUUUUGUUAUGAAGGCAGAGUUCACUUCCAAACAGUGCUCUGGCUCUAAAAAUACUAUGUAAAGGAAAGGCUGUAAAC